GGGCGAAACGCAAUCCCACACGUUGGGUGUGCGGUGUCAUAUAAAGCAAAAUACACUCUUCCCUCUCAUCCUCUCUAUAAUCAUCGAUCUCGAAGCGCGUUUUGGUUUUUAUAGGCCUCUCAAUCUCUGAAUCUGCGUUUAGAAAGCUAAGCAAGAGCAAUCAAAUCCAUGGCGGUAAGGUCAGUCAAAGUUGGAAAUCUCUCUUCAGGAGCUACAGAGCAUGACAUAAAAGAGUUUUUCUCUUUUUCUGGUGAAGUUGAAAGCAUCGACAUCCGAAGCAGUAAUGAGCAUAGUGCUUAUGUCACAUUCAAAGCUCCUCAAGGAGCAGAGACAGCUGUGCUCUUAUCAGGAGCGAGUAUUGCAGAUCAAUCAGUCGUCAUUGAAAUGGCUCCUAAUUACACUCCACCGGCUGCCCCUCAUGCGGAAACACAGGCCAGCAGUGGAGGCGGUGCAGAAUCUGUUGUCCAAAAGGCAGAAGAUGUUGUGAGCAGCAUGUUAGCAAGGGGUUUCAUUCUUGGGAAAGAUGCAGUUGGCAAAGCAAAAGCUUUUGAUGAGAAACUUGGUUUCACUUCAACCGCAACUGCAGGAGUUGCUUCACUAGACCAAAAAAUCGGUCUAAGCCAAAAACUAACAGCUGGAACAAGCUUGGUGAACGAAAAAAUCAAGGCGGUGGACCAAAACUUUCAGGUAUCAGAGAGGACCAAGUCUGUGUAUGCAGCUGCUGAACAGACUGUGAGCACCGCAGGAAGUGCUGUGAUGAAGAACCGUUACGUGUUAACUGGUGUGAGUUGGGCCGCAGGAGCAUUCAACAGAGUGGCUCAAGCAGCUGGAGAGGUUGGACAGAAAACAAAAGAGAAGGUUGAAGCUGAGCAACCGUCACAACCAUCACAGUCGCAGCAGCAACUGCCAGAAGGGUAUUCUCCGAUUUCGUCUGAAUUCCCAAAGAACUAAUAUCAUCCAGUUAAACUAUUUCGUUUGUUUCUUCCUUGUUGCUUUCUUUGAUAUGAAAGCUGGGAAUUUGGUUUUUAAUCUUUGGGAUGUAACAUAAAAGCAAUGCCUGGAUCUUUCUCUUAAUACUAUUAGACUUAUAGUUGGUUAUUUU